CGCCACGGCCACCACUGCUGUCGCAAUCCACGCGCACGCACACGUCGCCGCUGUGGCCGCCACGCGUGGUCACGCACACGCACGCACCCACACGCGACAGCCGCGACGCCGCCUGUCGAGACAUUUGCACCGUUAACCCACGCCAGCCACUUGGUGGAAGCUGGUCGCAGUUAGUAACACCGACGUCGUCACUUUUGAUGACGGGCUUUGGUACAUCCAAUUGCACCGCCAUCACAGCCUACGACACCACCACCGCGACAACCACUGCAGCCGGUGGUUGACGACAACCGGCGGGUCAGCAUACACCUCGGGCGGCAUGUCCACGGUGCUGCAACAACCACCAUCUGGAGGAGCACCACAAUCGUCGCUGCUGCCGCAUCUGCAUCCGCACGGCCACCACGGCCAUCAUUUGCACCACAGGCCGGCCCCCGAACUGCAGGCUGCAGCCCACAACCCGGAUGUACUGCUCGCGCUGCUAGCCCGAAACAAGGCUCUGGAAGCUAGUAUACCAAAGUGUGGUGGCUGUCAAGAGUUAAUACUAGACAGAUUUAUAUUAAAAGUAUUGGAACGCACUUGGCACGCUCGCUGUCUAAAGUGUAACGAGUGUGGAGCUACAUUAGCCGACAAGUGUUUUGCCAGAAACGGAAUGCUCUUUUGUAAAGACGACUUCUUUAAAAGGUACGGGACAAAAUGCGCCGGUUGCGAUUUGGGAAUCCCGCCCACGCAAAUAGUUCGGAGGGCACAAGAUCUCGUUUACCACUUACAAUGUUUUGCAUGUGUCAUGUGUGGUCGUACAUUGAAUACUGGUGAUGAAUUUUAUCUGAUGGAGGAUCGGAAAUUAGUAUGCAAACCUGAUUACGAAGCAGCRAAAACUAAAGAAGGUGGAUGCCUSGAUGGCGAUCAACCAAAUAAACGUCCAAGAACGACUAUUACAGCCAAACAGUUGGAGACAUUAAAAAUGGCGUACAACAACAGUCCAAAGCCAGCUAGACAUGUCAGAGAACAACUUAGUCAAGACACUGGAUUAGACAUGAGGGUAGUUCAAGUUUGGUUUCAAAACAGACGUGCAAAAGAAAAAAGGCUUAAAAAAGACGCUGGAAGAUCACGUUGGAGCCAAUAUUUCAGAACAAUGAAAGGUUCAAUAUCGCCUCGAAACGACAAAGACGAUCUUAAGGUUGAUCUUGAUUCGAAUUUCAGUCACUCGCACGACUUAGAAAGCAAUGACAGUUAUGGUACAAGCACGUUAACCAUUGACCAAGAACACAGCUCUCCAUUACCUGGAAGUCAUCACCAUAAGUUUUUGCCCGGAAACUCAUCCCCAUCUUCACAUCAAUACAUGUCAUCACCCACACAACACGUUACCACGUUUACAGCUGAUAAUGGUUACAUCACAGUAGGUCCUGCUCAUUCAGCUCCAUCAGAACUAAGUGACAACAGUAGCACGCAUGGUUUUGCAGAUUUCCCACCAAGUCCAGAUUCAUGGCUGGGCGAAACACCUCACAGAUAUUAAAAAUAUAUUAUCAUCAUUAACUAAAAUAAUGUAUUAUGAAGUACAAAUCAAAAUAUUCUUUUAACCUACCAGAGGCUAUACCAAACAUACUGACUGGGAGAACCAAGUUUUUAAAAUAUUUAAUGAUUAUUUUAUUUCCUGUGUUUGUGUGACAUGUGUAUCAUUAGUUCUCACAACAGUUUUUAUGGUAUUUCAUUAGGUUUUCGCCAAGAAUCGUGUUUAGCUGUAGAUAUUUUUUCUUUUUGAUCUCGAAUUUAUAUUCAUCUAAAUGUUAUCUUUAAAUAAAUCAAAAUAACUUUUUCAAGCUAUGUAAAUUUGUUGUUUCAAUUUAAAAUACGUUGACAUG